UGAACGGCAAUCCAGUGACAGUAAUAAAAUGGGUUGGUAUUUUAUUUUGGAAAGUGAAUCUUCAUUACCAACAGAUGAAGAUGAUGAAUCAAUUUAUUCUAUGCAAGAAAAUGAAACAGAAUAUGUACGUGAUACAUCAGAUACAUCUACAUCUCACAGUUGGAUGAGCAGUAGUGAAAAUGAUGCUAACGCAAAUUUAGAAUAUGAGCUAGAUUCAAGAUCUGAAAAUGAAAAUCCAUUGAUGGCUGUAACAUCAUCAUCAGAGCCUGAGAAUAAGUUGGAGGUUAAAUGUGUAAGUGUUUGCGAAUCAGAAGAAGUAGCUGAUGGUAGUAAUGAUUCAGUAAGCUCUAUCGAUAGUGAAAUAAGAAAGACAAAGUUUUUGAUUUGUAUUCAAUGCAAAAAUCUAAAUACCAAUACUUUGUUUCGUUACUGUAAAAAUUGUUAUCAGUUAAGAAAAACACAUUUCCCACGAUAUGAAGCGAGGAGAAAACAUCGACAUCGAAAAGAAAGCACUUUAAGAAACUUCCAGUCAUCUUUAAGUAUGUUUCCAAAAGAACCGCGAUCGUGGAAAGAAGUAAAGAGUGAAGUAGUUUCUUCUAGUGAUCGACCGAUACAAGAUACAGAAAGCCUUUGCCUUAUUUGCACCGUCAAACCAAAAAACGGCGCCUUUGUGCAUGGAAAAAUAACGCACAUAUGUUGUUGCUAUGGUUGUGCCAUGAAGGCUUGGAUGACCAAUAGUAGUCGGUGCCCAAUUUGCAAUCGAAAAGUUAGUCAAAUAUUAAAGGUAUUCUACGCUUGAGACUAUCUGCUUCUUUGUAAAUUAUAAUGUAAAAAAUCAUGACAAUGAAUUAAUAACUGUAUUAUAAUAAAUUUUUACAAUCACAAAGAUGUAAAGAACAAAUUCGAA